CUAAAAUACGCCAUGCGUGGUCUUCACUCUUCUUCCCCAUUCCGCUGCCAGUUUUACCGUUACCCUUCAGAAUAUCAAGCAAAAUUCACUGCCUCUGCCUCUGCCGUGUUGCAAGUUAUAGCCGCCUCCACGUGGCAAUCCCUCCUUUUUUUCUUUUUCUUUUUUUCCAGUCGUUGUUGGAGGAGGUAUUCGUUUCCUAGUUGCCAAAUGGGGAGUCAAAGUUUAAUUUUUUCCGCUAAGAAUGCAAAACGUUAAGCUAUUAAAUGCAUUCAGUAUCUAUACGGGUAUCGGGUUCUACAUUCAUUUGGAAUUUGAAGGAAUUUUCUUAGCAUUUUUCACAUCUCAAACUGGCUAUAUAAAUUCAGGAUGCGUAUCCCCAAAGGGCGCUCAUUUUCCUUUGGCGUUUCGCUAUUUUCUUCUCCAAAUCCCAAUCCCAUUCUUGAGCCCUUAACAUUUCCUUUUUCGUCCUCUUCGAGAAUUUUAUUCAAUUCCAGUAUUUUUUCGUCUGCUCUUUCGGGUCAAUUUCCGAGUAGGAGGAAAGUGAAUCAUUGCAAAGGUAAUAAACAACAUCGUUCUAGUAUUAUGAUGGAUGCCAUGGGCGUAGAUGGAAAAACAUUGCAACUUAAGGGAACCAAUUGCGGUGAUAUUGGUCAGGGUCCCUGCAUAUGGUCGUCUCCUGAAGGAGGACAAAAGAUUGAUAUUGGAAAACAGAUAUUCUGUAAUAGGUCUUUGAACAUGAAGAACAUCGUUGCUGUUGGAUUUGAUAUGGAUUACACUUUGGCUCAGUAUAAACCUGAGACUUUCGAAUCACUUGCAUACGAAGGCACAGUUAGAAAGCUGGUUUAUGAUUUGCAGUACCCUUCAGAGUUGUUGGAUUGGACAUUUGAUUGGAAAUACAUGGUCAGAGGAUUAGUUCUCGAUAAAAAGAGAGGCAAUAUAUUGAAGAUGGACCGACACAAGUACGUCAAAGUAGCUUAUCAUGGAUUUAGAGAGAUGUCGAAGGAAGAUAAAGUUGCUACAUAUCGAAGUACUUUGACACGCGACUCGUUUGAUGAACCUGACUAUGCUCUCAUCGAUACCCUUUUCUCUCUGGCUGAAGCUUAUUUAUUUGCUCAGCUUGUUGACUUCAAGGAUAAGAAUCCAGGCAAAAUUUUGGCAGACUACUCUGGAAUGUACAAAGAUGUUCGAGCAGCAGUGGAUUUGUGCCACCGUGAUGGUACUUUAAAGCAGAUGGUUGCAAAAGAUCCUAGAAGAUAUAUCAGGGAGGAUACCUCAAUUGUUCCCAUGAUAGAAAUGAUUAAAGAAUCUGGCCGUGCUACAUUUCUGGUGACAAACAGCUUAUGGGACUAUACAAACAUUGUAAUGAACUUCCUCUGUGGAGAGAAAACCGUGAAUAGCUGGUCUGCUACCAAUUUUGAUUGGCUUCAAUACUUCGACGUUGUUAUCACUGGCAGUGCAAAACCAGGUUUUUUCCAUGAUGAAAAUCGUGCUAAUCUUUUUGAGGUUGAUCCUGAGUCUGGGAUGCUUCUUAACACUGAUAAUGGCACUCCUAUGCCCUCAGUAGAUACUACAUUAAGGCUGCCAUCGAAUAUAGAUAAGAGUUGCAGAGUUUUUCAGGGUGGAAAUGUUGGCCAUCUGCAUAAACUAUUGUCCAUAGAGUCAAGCUCUCAGGUACUUUAUAUCGGGGAUCACAUCUAUGGGGAUAUUUUACACAGUAAAAAAGCCUUAGGUUGGAGAACAAUGCUUGUUGUCCCGGAGCUUGAGAGGGAGGUUGAACUUCUCUGGCAGUUGAGAGAUACCCGCAAGCAACUCCAGUUACUGAGGAAUGAAAGCGAUCACAUUGAAGAUGAGAUACAUCAUCUCAAAUGGUCUAUCAGAUUUGAUGGCGUGAAUGAUGACAACGGGGAAAAGAUACUUGCCGAGCUUGAUAAACUGAAGCGUCAAAGCGAGCAAGUGCGGCUCAAACAUCAACGAGCUCAACGAGAAUGUCAUCGAAUGUUCCACAAGGUGUGGGGACAAUUGAUGAAGACCGGCCAUCAAAAUUCACGUUUUGCGCAUCAGGUCGAGAGAUUCGCUUGCCUCUAUACCAGCCAAGUUACGAAUUUGAGCCUAUAUUCACCCGACAAAUGCUACAGACCAGGCGAAGAUUUCAUGCCUCACGAAAUCAAUAUCCUGGCUUUAUAGAGCAACAUAUUCUUCAUUCAAACUUCGUGAUAUAUGACAUUUUGAGGAAAAUAGUUUGUUGUUUCUUUUCUAGAAAUAUCAAAGUAUGUAUCAAGUUCUGAAACAUGUUAGUGCUCAUUGUAAAAUAUUGGAAAUGAGAAGACUGUAAUGCAUCCUGCAUUUUGCUGGUGAUUUGUAAUGGCCUGGAGUAAUCAGUAUGAUCUGGCAAUCUUGUACUCUGUUAGAAACUUGGAUUUUCGAGUCCAGAAUUCGUUUGCUUUUAACAUGAAGUGGAGUCGAGUAACUUACUCGAUUUUCGUA